AUGAAAAGUUUGUUUACAGUUUGGUGUCCUUGUCCCCAUCCUCUCUGGGCCCCCCUCUCCACUCAUCCUCAUUCCCCUCUGGUCCCCCCUUUCUCCUCCUCAGACCUGCACCUGGCAGCAGAGCUGGGUAAAACUCUUCUGGAACGCAACAAGGAGCUGGAGGACUCUCUGCAGCAAAUGUACGGCAACAACGAGGAGCAAGUGCAAGAGAUCGAGUACUUGUCGAAGCAGCUGGAGAUGUUGCGCGACAUGAACGAGCAGCAUGCCAAAGUGUACGAGCAGCUGGACGUGACCGCGCGAGAGCUGGAGAUCACCAACGAGAAACUGGUGCUGGAGAGCAAGGCCUCGCAGCAGAAGAUCGACAGGCUGACAUGCAACAUGGAGACUCUGCAGGCCCAGGUGGAGAGUCUGAGUGCUCGGCUGGAGGAGUUACGUACGCUGGAGGAGCUGCGAGUGCACAGGGAGAAGAAGGAGCGACGCAAGACCCUCCACUCCUUCCCCUGCCUCAAAGAGCUCUGCACCGCGCCACGGUACGAGGACGGCUUCUUGCUGGCCAACCCCGGCAGUGUGGAUCUGGCCGACAAGCGCCCUCUGGACGAGGAGAACGAGCGCCUCAGAGAUGUGGUGGCGUCUCUGCGCACUGCCAUGUCCACAGAGCGAUGCAAACGUGAGAGCGCAGAGCGCGAGUGCACCAGUGUGCUGCAGGAGUACGAGCGUCUGGAACAGCGCCUCCUGGGGGCUGAGGGCUGUCAUCUCCGUGUGCAAGAGCUGGAGGCAGAGCUGCAGGAGAUGCAAGAACUCAGGAAGUCCCGCCCCUGUCUCCUCUCCGCAGAGGAUGGCCUGGAGAGCCUUCUCAACAGCACCCCUGAGACUGACACCCCAGAGGGGAGCAUGGGGCAAGAGGAGGGAGGCCAGGGCACGACUGGAGAGCAGGGCGUCCCAGUGCGGAAGAGCUGCAGUGACACAGCUCUGAACGCCAUGUCAAGCCGUGACAACUCGGGCCGCAGGCAGGGCAGCUACGCCAUGCAUGCCAAUGGGGUGCGCAAGCGUGGCAUGUCCAUCUUGCGCGAGGUGGACGAGCAAUACCACGCACUGCUGGAGAAAUACGAGGAGCUGCUUGGCAAGUGCCGGCGCCACGAGGAGAGCCUGUGCCACGCCGAAGUGCAGACAUCCAGGCCCGUGUCUAGAGACCCCUCCAUCAAAGACUACAGCCUGGUCAGCGCCCCGGGACCCUCCAGCAGAGACACCUACAGCUCAACCGCCCCAGGACCCUCUUCUUCGACCGAACCACAGACCCCCUCCACCCCUGAGGCGCUGGAGGGUAUUAGCCGCCAGGUGGAGCAGGUGGACAAGCGCCUGAGCCAGAACACGCCGGAGUACAAGGCGCUCUUCAAAGAGAUCUUCUCCCGCCUCCAAAAGACUAAGAGCAACAUCAAUGCCACCAAGGGCGAGCGGCGGGGCAAGAGGAAGGGACGCAAGUGA